UGUUCUAGAAAUUAGCUAUGCACGUUCACAGUCGGGCCUGCUGGUGCUGCGUCGUUACUGUUUAAUAGUGGUUAAUGGGUAAUCUAAAACCGAUUAAUAUGACGGCGGGUUGAACGGCAUUGUGCGUUACUGUUGAAACGUCGAACGACUGGAAACUGAAUAGGCUAUUUCAACCACUGCUCAAAUACAACGGGUAAACCAGGGUUGACUGUCCACGAGGAUACCGUCACGCCUACGGUGUGACGUCACCCACAGCCCUUGCUUCAACUUCCUUUGAAGCCUGUUCAGUAUUGUUUCUGUCCGGGAAUGAUGCUGAAAAUGACCCUGGAGUGAAGUGUGUACACACACACACACACACACACACACACACACCUCCCGUUUGGGAGCAUGCACAAACCUGGUCCAGUGAGAAGCGAACUGGGGCUCCUGACACCCUUGUACCCCAUCUCCGGGUUUGUUCACGCUCCAGUCCGGGAGGAGAGCCCUGGGGUUGCGGACGCCAUGCACUUUCCGGGAGAGUCCGGCACAGGAGCGAGCUGGGAACGGCGCUGUAUGAGGAAGCACCGGAGGAGCCCUAGCAACGAGGGGAGCAGUCCCAAGAGGAGGCGGCUGAUGGGGGAGGUGGGGUCUCCUCUGUGGGACAUCCCGGGCUCCAAGCGGUGGCCGGGCUGGGCCCCACGUGGCGAUGGCUCCCUCCCGGACCCGGCCCCCGGGCUGCAGCUGGGUCCCGGUCCCGCCCUCGCCCCUGGCCCCGCCCCCGCCUGCGGCCAGCUCUGCCCCGUCCCGGAGAACAGGCUGGCCUACCCGGGACCCCCCCUGCCGCCACAGCCCUGCCCCAAACCGGGGGGGCUCCGCACUGAGGUGGAGGCAGCCCAGAGGCGGCUGCAGGAGAUCGAGGAGCGGAUAACCCUGGAGGAUGAUGACGAGGACGAAGAUCUGGAGGUGGAGCCGGCGCAGAACAGGCCGGUGCUGGUGAUGUCACAGAGCCUGAGGGAGGGGCUACAGCAGGGCUUAGGAGACAUCCUGCCACAGAACGUGGCGGAGUCAGUGAGCCGGUCCUGCAUGGAGCUGGUGGUGUGGAGGCCCCCGGAGGAGGUGCUUCCCCGGAGGCUGAAGGACUCCUUACAGAAGCAGCGGAAGCAGGUCAACGGCAGGGAGGCGCUUCCCGCCGUCGGCACCCGGCCCCCAGCCGCCGCCCAGGCCUCUGGCUCCGCCCCCAGCGGGCUGUACUGCGGCCCCGCCCCCCUACCCUCUAGCCCCACCCCCGCCGGUCUGUACUGCAGCCCCACCCCCGAGGUCUCUACUGAGGAGGAGAUGGAGCUGUAGCACCUCCCUACCGCCCAAAUUUCACCAUGAGAUUGGGUGGCCAGCUGAACUGCGUCUCCACAGAACCAGUGCGCAUUUUAAAUGCUUCGCCUUUGGGCCCAGUGGACUUCGCCAUAUCGCCAUGCGUGGACUGAGUUUGACAGCC